CUGGAUGGAAUAACAGUUUAUCCGGGAGGGCAGUCGGCAGAGCAAAAGCGGGAUGCACGGGAUAGUGGAUCCAUCCCGUUUGCAGCGGCGGCUUGAGACAGCCUCGGCCUCGCAGACUCGUCAUGUCGGAGAAAUUCAUAUCUCCUUGCCUGGCUUGCUUUUCCUUUCUAAAAGCAUCAUUUUGUCUAUAAAUCAGUUAUUCCUCACAUAACUCCGUUUUUUGUAUAUAUUCAACGCACCUCACGCUUGUGCACACACAUACAUACAGUCACCAUGGCAUCAGCAAACGCAACUUCUACGGAAAAGCCGAAAGUCAUUUUAUACUGGCUUGAACAGUCUCGUUCACAACGUAUUCUUUGGCUGCUCGAGGAGUUGAAGGUUGAAUAUGAAUUGAAAAUAUUUCACCGCCACCCCAAAACUCAUCUGGCACCUCCCGAACUCAAGCAAGUCCACGCUCUUGGAAAGUCUCCAGUCAUCUCUGUUCUCUCGCCUGGCGCGACUGAGCCUGUAAUUAUUGCUGAGAGUGGGUUCAUUACCGAGUACUUGCUUGAUCACUUCUCCGAAGGGACCAACUUGUUGCCUAAGAGGUACAAGGAUGGCCAGGAAGGAAAGGUCGGUGGUGAGACCGAGGAAUGGUUGAGAUUCAAAUUCUACAUGCAUUAUGCAGAAGGCAGUCUUAUGACUUUCAUGCUGCUUGCUCUCGUAUCUGGAGAAAUCAAAAAUUCACCCGUGCCUUUCUUCAUCAAGCCGAUCACUGGUGCUGUGUCAGGCAAAAUAAACACCAAUUUCCUGGACCCAAACUUCAAGACGCACUUCAGCUUCCUGGAAUCACAACUCACUUCCUCUCCCAAUGGAGGCAAGUAUCUUUGCGGUCCGAACCUGACUGGUGCCGAUAUUCUUCUCAGCUUCCCACUGCUUGCCGGAAGAAGUCGAACUGGUUUGACGAAGGAGAAGUACCCGACGCUGUCUAGCUACAUUGAUAUGCUUGAAACAGAACCAGGUUACAAGAAGUCGGUAGAAAAGAUUGUUGAGAUCGAUGGGAAAUUUGAGACAACACUUUAGUCUUUAAGAGGCAGGCCGACAUCAUUUCAUCACAUAGUCUUCGUAUAAGGUUCUUGCGCUAUUGGAUUAACUGCACUGCUCUAUUUUCUUGAAUAUUUUUGCUCACUUGUUGAUGUGUCUCGGUAAUCACAGCAGCAAUUGGCUCGCAUGAUCUUCCAUGGAUUUGUAGUGGGAUGACAUCGCAUGACAGUUGAUCUUUUUUUUAAAAAAAAGAAUCUGUGUUUGACACACAGCAAUGGACAAUCGACACCAUUUCAGUAACGUUUAAUACUCUGUCUGAUUGCUAUAAGGCCUUGCGUUCUCAACAGUGCUCUAAUACUGGGCAAUUUUGAGAAGUUGAAAGACUACUAUUGGCUAUUGUACAUUCUAAGACAACUCUAUGCUAUGCAUCAAGCGCUAC